UAAAUCGUGAUUUAGAUAUAUUAUUUUUAAGUGUAUCUAUUAAUAUUCUACUAUUUAUAGUGGUGAAAUCUGUGGGACAAAAUAAUAAAUCGCGAUAAAUAAAAUGAAGUCAUUUGAAUGCGAAUCAUCUUCGGAAGGUGAUGAGCCCUCGAUUUACCCCAUCUCGCGAGCGAUAGCUGCACCCCCGCAGUGGUUGCGCGGAAACGCCACCCCUAGCUGGGGUUGGCCUCAAUCGGGAGCUUCAUCAAGUGCGGGAGGACCAAGUAGUUCUAAUAUGGAACCAGUGGGUUUUACACCCUUCGCCCACCAUUCCAAUGAGGAAAGUCAGAUCCCAGGACGACGAACGCCCCUGGGAGCUGUGGGACUCGGAGGAUUCCAAUUUCAAGGACCCCCAUCCGAUGAAAACAACCCGGAUCCAGCGGGACCACCGCAGAGCAGGUCACCACAGAAUCGGACGAUGCCCAAUUCUCAAGUAGUGCAAGGCGGUAAAGGCAAGAACAGGCAGGGUAAAUCUGUUCGUUUGAACAUCAAUGCCAGGGAAAGGAGGAGAAUGCACGAUUUAAACGAUGCUCUCGACGAGCUGCGAUCCGUAAUCCCGUACGCCCAUUCACCGUCCGUUAGAAAGUUGUCCAAAAUCGCAACACUUUUACUGGCGAAGAAUUACAUUCUAAUGCAGGCGAAUGCCUUGGAGGAAAUGAAACGACUGAUUGCUUAUUUGCAAGGAACUGCGAGCACGGCAGCAAUCGUUGCUCCUCCGGGUUUCGACCUUCAAGGGUUCCCUGCGGCCGCCAAAUUUUUGCAGCAGCAGCAGGAGGAAGGCAGGAACGAAGGCAGUUCGAGCGCUUCUUCUGGCAAUCCCCUAUAGCGCUAAAUACUCACAAACAUUUAUUUUAUACUACUCCAGACCUUAUGCUACUUCCACACUAUGCAUGACAUCAAACAUAAAAGGUGUACCAACCUACAACAAGCUGACACAGUACUUGAUACGCCUGACUGUCAAGUAAUUCGUAGCGUGGUUGCAGCAUUAUACACUUAAGUGUAUUUGAAUGUCAAUAACAAACAUUCAAAGCAAAUAAUGUACAAAAAAUAUUAACCAACUACUAAUUCACGAUUUGAUUUUA